AUGCCUUCUGACACACAUAGAAAAGACUCCUUAGGGAGUUACGACUCUUACGACCGAAGGAGCAGUGAGUCUUACGGCUCACGGUCCACAGCUCCCACCUCACUCUACACAAAUUCACGGCCCUCAGAAAAUCACAGCAAACCCUACGUCCAGUAUGUUGAAGUCGACCGGGACCUGUCCGCGGACACGUCGGCAUAUCCCCGGUCUUCUGUCGACACCUACGCCUCGACCGAUGCCUCGGAAGAGGACCUGGCCUUGGAGCGGGAGGAAGACCUGGCCAGGGACAGUGGAUCCGACUACAUCCCCCCUCUGCCUGCCUACCACCAUGAGAUUUCCGAACCCAACAUGCGCCCUUCAACCCCCAAGAACUUCUCGCAGCUGUUUCCCAGCAUGAACCGUCUGUCGAUAAGACAUGAUGACUUCACAACUGAUGGGAACAUGAACCUCCGUGUCGACACCAUCGUGCCUGGGAGGAGGAGGACCGCCGUCCAGCUCUUCCACCUGCGCAUGUAUGACUUGGCAAGGCGAGAAUUCUCACUCCGGCGGUACUGCCGUGACUCAGGCCGUGAGGUCUGUAACUCGAAGCGCAAGUUUGUCGAGCCCGCCUCAGCGAGCAGGCCCUCCCUCCAGCGGUCCAUGUCCAGCGCCAUGAAGGCAAUGGCAAGGCCCCAGUCUAAGCGCGCCACUUCCGGCGGCUCCUUUUCAAAGCAUGAGAGGCGCCCCGGCACAUCGCACUCCAACGAGACGGAAGCCGAUACCGCAAGUGUUCACUCCCGCGCCUCAGACGGCGAUCACAGGAGGCCCCAUCCUCACCAGCCCACGAAUGCAAUCAAACUAGAGUUCAGCAACUACGCACGUGUGGAUGUGGCGAGGAAGGGCCAGAAGAACAAGAACAAUAAGCGGUACGAGUUCGACUGGUGGGGCCACAAGUACGUGUGGAAACGGGUCGUCGAGAAGCACCUCGAUGGCGUCGUGUCUUUCCACCUCGUUCGCGACGGCGAAACCACUCCUGUCGCCCACAUUGUCCCGGAGACCCGUUCGCCCAACCAGGUUGAGGACGAUGAGCUCUCUGGGGGCUGGGUCCCACCCUGCUUCAUGUGGAUCAAUGAUCAGUCUAUCAUCGACGCCGUGACAGACGUUGCCGACGUAAUUGUUGCAACCGGUCUCAUCGCUCUUGUCGACGACUGCAUCAAGGAGCGCUGGCAGCCAAAGAAAACCCACCAUAUCCCUGUUUUAGGUGACGUCGAGUACGUUGGUCCCCGGGCCUUCGUGCAGCGCGUCUUCAGCCAACGGAGCCAGGAGCAUCACCCUAAAAGGCCCUUGCGCAAUGACGAGAUACGUGUUUGUUAG